AUGUGUCUGUUCGAGAUGCCGGCUGCCCCAGACGUCUCAGUCGAGCUACGUAGGACUAAAAGGCACAAGUUCAGACGCUACACGACGCUACUCAGCAAGAACGGAGUGCGCGAGCUCACCGCUGUCGACUUCAUGGAGUCUUACGUAGAAGAAAACAGGAAGAGGAAUGGCCACAACAGCAACAUUUCCUUUCUGUGCGCCGACGUCACUGCGCUGGAGUUCGCGGAAGGAUCGUUCGACAUGGUGUUCAGCAACUGGCUGCUGAUGUACCUCACAGACGCCGAAGUGGACGCUCUGCUGCAGCGGGUGCUAUCCUGGCUCACGCCCCAGGGGCAUCUCUUCAUUAGGGAGUCGUGCUUCCAUCAGUCAGGCAACGUGAAGCGUGCAGAGAACCCAACGUUCUACCGCUCGCCGCUUCAGUACGCGACGAGUCUCAGCCGCUGCUGUACCCCUCAGGACGACGUCUACCGUCUCGUCAAGGCUAAGAGCAUACAAGCCUACAUCAACCACUACCGCAACCCGAACCAGCUGUGCUUCUUGGUCCAAAAAACCUGUACCGCGUCGGGGGGCGGCGGGGUGGCGGAGCUGGAGCGCCGUCUGAGCGCCGCGACGCUGCUGGAGACCGUCCACGGCGCGGCCUGGGGGUGCAGGGGCGGGGAGGCCGCUGCUCAGCUGUUGGCGGGGAGAGGAGACAGCGUGCGCGGCAAGACGGUGCUGGACGCAAACUGCGGCACCGGGGGACUUGUGACGCUGCUGGCCCACCAGGGCGCUGCUAGGGUGGUGGGGCUUACCUCCAGCGCCGUCAACCUUCACUUGGCGCUCCUCCACCUCGGCUCCAAAGGCCAAGAAAUCAUCACCAAGACUUUCUUUGAGUUGAGUUCGUUGCUGGAGUGGCAGCGCCGUGACAAGUUCGACAUCGUCUGCGCUCACGACCUGCCUCUCGAUCAACUCAAUGGCCCUCAUGUACUGGCGAAACUAAAGACGUUACUGAAAGAAAGCGGGCAAAUGUUCAUUUCUGUCUGCACUUCCGACAUCGCAACUGCAGAUUUGGUCAGCGCGGCCGAGCUGAAAGCCAUGGCUGCCAAAGCUGGCUUCUCCAGGGUUGAGACAAGCACGAACACUGAAUUUCUGCCUGCGAUUGUGAAGGAACUUUCGGGAUGUCAAGUGAACAACAAUGCGACCGCUGGCUUGCCUCAUGUUCACCGCCAAGAGUUCAUCGAAGAACUUCAGUUGACGGAGUUCUGUGAGCGACUGAAGCUGGAGCCGGGACAGUAUGUGCUAGACGUUGGCUGCGGUACAGGAGGGUCCGCAUUUUACAUGGCGGAAACAUACGGCGUCCGAGUCCUUGGAGUCGACUUAUCCAGUCAUAUGGUUCAGAUCGCCAAUGAAAGACUCAGCAAAACAUCUCCGGAUGUUCAACAGAAGGUACAAUUCAAAAUCGAAGACAUCAUGAAGAGUUCGUUUCCCGCGAACAGUUUCGACGUGAUCUACUCCAGAGACACCAUCCUUCACAUUCCUAAUAAGGAAGAACUUUUCGCCUCGUUGUUUAAAUUUUUGAAGCCUGGAGGAACGAUUCUCAUCACCGACUACUGCAGAGGCGACCAAGCGCACAGUCAGCAGUUUCUGGAUUACGUCAAACAAAGAGGCUACGAUCUGCGCACCGUGAAGGAGUACGGCAAGAUCCUGCAGGACGCAGGCUUCACGGGCGUUGAUGCCCAGGAUGCAACUGCGCGAUUCAUCGCCAUCUUGGGCGAAGAACUGGCUCGGUUUGAGCCUACUAAAAAGACCUUCAUUCUGGAAUUCAACGAGCAGGAUUACCUGGACAUCGUGGAGGGCUGGAAGGCGAAGCAAGUGCGCUGUGCAGCAGGAGAUCAGGCCUGGGGGUAUUUCUUUGCACGGAAGUAAAUGCAAUCUCUUCAUGAGCUGCUAAUUUCAGGAAACGAAACUCUUCGUAAUCUGCUAAUUUCAGUAAAUUAAACCAUCCGUAAGCUCUGAAUUAAAAAACACUCUCCGUAAGCUGCGAAACUCAGUAAACGCGAGUAAAUUGCGUAGCAAAAUAUACGUUCUACAAAGGGCAAGCUCACCUCUUCUCGGUCAGAAGUUAUCUGGGGCGUGCUGCAACACUUUUAGUUCAUAUAGUUGAAUAUUUUAUAAUUUUUGUUGGGUGACCUAUAGCUGUUCUUUGACUAUCCAUUGUACAAUCGAGAUUUAACUAUUAAGAUUCAACGAAUUUUAUCAAUUCAUCAGCAAGGGAAUUAGUCAAAGUGAACGAAUUUCAGCGACAUUUCUGUAAUAGCUUGUAGAAAUUAAAUGAACAAUGGUUCAUGCCCGAGUUGAACCUGUCGAGCCUCUCUCUUAAAUUCUAUUAGAGGAGAGCGAUGUCUAUAUUUUAGCAGUUCGGCAUGGCCAAGGAGAGUUAAUUUCUCGACGCGGUAGGACGGUCUAGAGGAAAGUAAUUGAGUUUGAGUAGAAUAGUUCAUAAAAAUGUUGAAUUAUACUACACAUUAUUAUCAAUUUUAAAUCCAGUUUGUCUCUAAAUUUCGGUUCAGCAUUAGGUUAUAAUUUUACUUGUUCUUAAUGUACACUUUAUUGCGCCAAAGGCAUCGUUCCAGUGACUAUUGCAAUACAUCUUAUGUCUUACGGUUUUAAUUAAUUAAGUAUAACUUAGCGUCCCAUGACAUUAUAGUUCCUGCAGAAUAUUCAUUAUCAUGAAUGCCACCGAAGUUCAGAGAUGACAUUUACAGUUACUGAAUAAUUUGAUGUUCCUGUUAAUCGGAAUUAGGCUGACCAAUUUUUUUUAGCUACAUUCCGCCUUGAAGUGCUACAAAGAAGGAAGUGCUUCCGCCUUGAAGUGCUAUACGUUGCUAUGUGAAGAGAUUCUGAAUGAUAUAUUUUGCCGAAAAAUUUCAUAUUUCUGUCUCACAUGAUAUUUAUCAAUUGUAUGCCUUCGAACGAAAAAUGAUGUUUAAAAAAUCAUGUAGGUUAUUUGUUUUAAUACAAAUUGCAGUG